CUCCAUUGCCCCUAGCCCCACAGUUUGCUGCUUUCCCUGUGUCCCACUAUACCAACCCCUUCCCUUUCCUUAGAGACCCCUUAAUCCCUCCCUGUCUCCAGACCUUGUUCUCCCCCUGCAUUUCCAGCACUGAGUUUGUGUGGGGAGGAGAGAGCCCUGUAGGGACUUUCCUACCCUGGGACAUUUUGAAUGAGAGAGCUUCGUGCCCCCCAACUCUGGGAGCAGACACAUUGCCGGAUCCCUUGGUUUCAAAAGCCAGAGAGAGAAAUUUCCCUGCCGAAAGCAGCAGUGACCCACUGAGGCAACUUCCAAGGUCAUGAUGAAGCUGAUGAAUAGAAGAGAUCCCUAUGUUCAAGAGGUCAUCCGGUUUGCAGUGUGUUGCAGAGCCCUGACACUUGUGCUCCAGGCCCUGUUUAACUUCUUGAUCCCGGAUCAUGCAGCCGAUGCCUUCUCUCCUCCCCGCCUGUCAGAACCCAGCCUCUGUGACUGGUUGUCGGAAUGGCUGUUGGGGGGCUUGUCACACUGGGAUGCAGAGCACUUCCUGUUCAUAGCUGAGCAUGGCUACCUGUAUGAGCACAACUUCGCCUUCUUCCCAGUGUACCCCCUCAGUGUGCGAGCUGUGGCAGAGGUCACACUGUGGCCCCUGCAAGGGCUGCUGUGUUUACGGAGCCGCCUGCUCUUGUCAGCGGUGCUUUUGAAUGCUCUCCUCUCGGUCCUGGCAGCUGCUGUCCUCUAUGAGCUGGGGUGCGUGGUGCUGCGGUGUCGCAGGACGGCCUUCCUCUCUGCUGUCCUCUUCUGCCUCACCCCCGCCAAUGUGUUCAUGACAGCCGCUUACUCAGAAAGCAUGUUUGCUUUCCUGGUGUUCAGUGCCAUGCUGCAGCUGGAGAAAGGGCAGAGCUGGACCAGCGGACUGCUCUUCUCCCUUGCUGCUGGUGUGCGCUCCAACGGGGUGAUCAACACUGGCUUCCUCAUCUAUUCCCAGAGUAAAGACCUUGCCCUCCAACUCCAGGCAGGUGCCUGGACUGUAAUGAAGCUGCCUCAGGUCUGGAGACGACUCCUCCGCUUUGCAGCUUCAGUGGUUCUGAUGUCUGCUGGGGUCUUUUUCCCUUUUGCUUUGUUUCAGUCCUAUGCCUACUUGAGAUUCUGCAAUCCUGACUCCAGCUCUGAACAUGCUGUUCCCAGGCCGCUAUUGCAGCUGGCUGUGGAUAAGGGGUAUCGUCUAGCAGCCAUGAAUGGGAUGAAACCUGCGUGGUGCUCCCAGGGGCUCCCUGUGGUCUAUUCUUACAUUCAAGAUGUUUACUGGAAUGUGGGCUUUCUAAGGUACUUUGAGCUUAAACAGGUACCCAACUUCCUGCUAGCUGUGCCGGUUACUGUGCUGGGCUCUUGGGCCACCUGGUUCUACCUCAUUGCAAAUCCCCAGUACUGCUUAAUGCUUGGCCUAGUGAGAAGAAAGAAGGAAGGAAGGAAAGGAGAGGACUCUGAUAAGCCAGUGGAUGGAUUUUGCUGCUCGAGUGUCUUCGUUUACGUGGUCCAUGCCAUGGCUCUUCUGGCCUUCGGAAUCCUCUGCAUGCAUGUGCAGGUUGUAACCAGGUUCCUAGGCUCAUCUACACCAGUCUUGUACUGGUUCUCUGCUCAUCUGCUCCAGGACUAUGAACCUUUGCUGUGGAAAGAAGGAGCUGCUCUCCAGACUGCAGCAUCCCUCUCUGAGAAGCCCAGUGUAGGCAGCUCUUUUCCUGGAGCGUUCAGAAAAGGGAUUUCUGAAAACCCCAUCAUGAAAUUACUGCUGAACUGGAGAAUAAGUUCCCCUCUCACCAAAUGCAUUCUGGGAUACUUCCUGUCUUACUGGCUGCUGGGGCUGAUCCUACACUGCAACUUCCUGCCUUGGACAUAGUUAGAGUUUGAGAACGUGUUUGUGAUGGACCUGCUAAUGGGAACAGAAUCACUGCUCAGAAUAGAAACUCUUUUUUAAACUUGACAUAAGUGAAUUGAUGCUACUAUCUUUGUUUUUAUUUCCAACGACAUACAAAGCCCCCAAUAUGUGCACAUGACUCUGUGUUCUUAUUGCUGUAAACUUCAUCCUUCCUCAUUCCAUUCUCCCCCCUACAAUUUUUCACCAUUACUGGUCAUAUGAUGGCUAAAAUCUAAUCUGUAAAGUCUUUGGGGUAGCGGUUGUCUUUUUAUUCUUAUGUCUUCUGUGAAGCACUUUACCAUAAUUAAUAAUUGUCCAGUGAAAUGAGUUAUAGGCCUGUUUAAGGUUAUAGGUUAGGUUAUAGUUGACAUGUCUAUCUGCAGAAUACAAAUUGGGGUUCUGAGGUGGUGGAGAAACUCAAGGAAGCAUCCUCUAGCUCGCAGUGAGAAGCUUUCCUAGUGUGCUCCUCUUUCUGUAGGAAAGAGCCCUUUCUGCAUCACAGAGAACAGGUGGAGUCACUAAGGAGCUGGCUGGAGAGGUCCCAUGGGAAAGUUGUUAGAGGUUCUCAAGCUAGGGCAUGUGGAAAUUCACAAGGGUGUAUCAGAGUGUUUGAAUGUUGUCAGUAAAGUUUGUGGACUUUACAAGAGUCGCUUUCCCCCCCUAAAUAAAAAGGCAUCUCUAGCUUUGGGAAAUUUGAGAACUGCCUGGGGUGGGUAGGAGAGUCAGUGUGAUAGGGCCUACAGCUUGGAGAGUACUGUGGGGAAGUUGGACAUCGAGGGAAGGAAAUAAACAUUCCUGUUUACUUCAUUAAAUAGUAGGGGAGAGUUGCCCUCUGGCAGGGCAGAGGGACUCAGGUCGGAUUCCUGUUUCCAGUUCUGCUGUUGACUUACUGUGGAGAAAGUCACUUGCUCUUUAUGCCCUGAUUCUACUCUCUCUUAAAAUGGAGACCGUGUGACUUCCCAGUCUCACCAAAGGAUUGUGAAGUUUGUUUAAUGACUGUGUGAAGAUCUUCUAUAAAAGGCACUAAAGAAGGGUAAAGCAUAUACUGUUUUUAGCUUAAAACAGAAUAAGCUAAUUGCAAAUGUGGUAGUCUCCAGCUAUCCAAGCUUCUGGUUAGAUGAAGGUUUUGGGGAUACAUCUACACAGCAAGCAGAAAGGCGUGGCAGUGAGUCUAUAAAGUUGACCUAAUUUCGUAGUGGAGACAUACCCUCAGUCAGAGCUUGGGUCUGCAGACUCAGGGCUCAUGCUGCAGUGCUCAAAAUAACUUCAGAGCCCAAGCUCCCACCUGAGCCUGAAUGUCUAUACAGCUACUUUAACACUGCAGCAUGAGCCCUCUGAGCCCAAUUCUGUAGACCCAGGCUCUGCUGCUGGUUUGUACUUGCCAUGUAGACAUACUCUGGGUGUCCCCUGAGGCUUCUGGUUCUACAGUAUUUAAGUAUACUAUUUAAUGAUUUAGGGUGUUGUACAUUUUUACACACACACACACCCUCCCUUGACAGUAGCUGUUUGUAGCUGGACACCUUGGUUUAAAUCCUGCUUGCAGCAGGUCAUAACAGCAAAUUAAUCUGGAAGAUUCCUCUGAGGUGCUGGCAGUUGUCACCCCUUCAAUUCCAGAAGGGACAGACUUAAAGGAAAUGAGAAGCAGGCAUUCCUGCAUUCUGGAACAUACCUAACAUCCCACACAGCAGUAGGCUAAUGAGGCAAACAUGGCUGAUAAUGAGACUUUAAAAACAAACAUACCCUGAAACUCUCCAGCUAACUGGAAGAGGCUGUAGUGAGAUUUUCCAAAACAGCCACAGCAUCCUGCAUGCUGCCAGUGAAAUCAAUUGAAUUCUGCAGAGAUCUGUCUGCAAAGAUCUGCUUGUGGGAUUGAGUCCAUAUUUUCGAGCCUGUAGAAGGCAAGUGUGUCUUCAGUGUUUAAAAGCUUUGCCUUCUCUACAUGAAAAUUCUGCUGACGUUUUUAGUCAGACUUUGCACUGGUAAAUAAGAAUAAAGAUUAAACUUAAAACUCCAAAUAAAACAAUGAGUAAAGAUAGACCUGUUGCAAUUUUAGUAUCUCUCUGGUUAUCAAAAACAACUCGUAAACUGAACAUAUUUCAGCCCCUGAGACACAAUAGCAAGAGGUCGUGCAACACACACAGAGUAGCAGCACUCUUUAGUGGGGACAAAGGGCUACAGUCAUUCAUAAAACUACAGGAACCUGAGCCUGAACAUGAGGCCCUGACUGCCAGCCAGCACCCAGGAGGCUGCUUCAUGCCUACACACAGCAGCAGUGUCUUACGUUGCUGAUGCCAUUUCAGUAAUUGCUUGCACAGGUUGACACUUCCUGGACUCCAGCUGCUGUUGCUUCAGGCUUUGCUGACCCUGGUUAUUGCUGUGAAGGGGGAAGAGGCUCCUUAUUGCACCACCCAGACUCAGGCCAAUGGAACUUGUUUCCUGAGUGUGGGAGAUCUCUUGAACAUGUUUCUCCCCUGACUAAUGUGUGAUCCAUGUCUUUGUCACUCAUUUCCCAAAGCUUCUAGAGAACUGAAUGGACCUUGAAUCCUGACCAUACACAGUUGUGAAAUUUUAAAUGUAAGAGGCCAAAUUCUGUGCUUAUUUCCACACUAUCCAAUUCUGCUGAUUCCAGAUGAAACUUUGGGGCCAAAGAAUUUAACCGUCAGUUCAUUAAUGUCAUAGUGGGCUGUGCCCUUUACCUACCCACUUCCACAAUAGAUGGUAAAAACGUCACACAAUAGAUGGUAAAAACAUCAAAGAGAAACUGACAGAAAUAGCAACCACAAUAAUAGUAGGGAUGUGACUCAAACUGCCCGACAGGGAAAUGAUGAUUCAGCCUAUGUUACCCUUGCUGCCUUAUGUACCUUAUGGCUGUAGAGAAGGCUCUAUUUCGAUGCACCUCCAGUCCAUUUCUGAGUGUUUCUGCUGCUGCAUUAUUCCCUAUAUCCAUGCUCUUCAUCAUUAGAUUAUCUAGGUAGCAGGACAUGUUCUAUCCUUAAUUUCUUUUAUCAAUUUUCAUCAAAGCCAGGACACUAUUUGAAGUUUGGACCAGGUCAGUAGUGAUCAAAAAUGGUUACAGUCGAGGGUGUUUUGAGACUUAUAUAUGAAAUAAGUGUGAUCUCAAUCUGAUUCCAAGUGGUACAAGUAUCCCGCCUCUCACCCAGAGAGCGGAAGGAUUGAGUGAGCCAGGCAGACUGAACUCUCCUUGUUUGCCUGUGGGUGGUCCCUCCAUCAGAGAGAUGAAACAUGGUGUGGGCUAGGGAAAUUUAACCUAUCCUGUGGAUAAACAGAGGCCUUCAGUUUCCAGGCUUGUCAGCUCACCAACUUCCACCAGCACUAAUCACAGCAAACGUUUAGAAAAUAAAAUAAUAAAACAAUUUGACUUGUUA